AGUCUUUUCCCAUGUCAAGAGGAGUAACCAGUGAUGAAUUUCUGUUCAGUGGCAAAUAUGAAUUUCAUAAGAUUUACACCUUAAAUCCUGUUGAUCCUGACCAUGGGGGCUCCAACAUUUUGAUCCAAAAAUACAGUUACGCAAAUACAGUUUCUAGAUAUAGUUAAAUUCAAAAGACCUCCACUAUUUUACACAAUUUAAUCGAUGAACUGAUCCACCCUUUCAGGAAUCUUCAAAUGGAAGUGAGAGCGACAUAAUGACAAACUAUAUAAUGCAGAUCUUAGGACUUCAGAUAUGUUCAGAUACAUUAGUUGGAAAUGAUAUGGCGAGAGGUAUAUCUGGUGGGCAAAGGAAGCGUGUCACCAUAGGAGAAAUGCUCAUCGGCCCAGCCAGAGCCCAAUUCAUGGAUGAGAUCUCAACCGGGCUUGACAGCUCAACUACGUACGAGAUUGUGAAUUUCGUGAGGCAAUCUGUCCACAUACUUGGGGGAACAGUGGUAAUCUCUCUGCUUCAACCAUCAGCUGAGACAUUUGAGCUUUUCGACGACGUCCUCCUCCUCUCAGAGGGGCGUAUUGUCUACCAAGGCCCCAAAGAAAAUGUGGGCGAGUUCUUUGGGUCUCUAGGCUUCCAAUGCCCUCCCAGAAAAGCCACUGCUGACUUCUUGUUAGAAGUGACUUCAUUGAAAGAUCAGAAGCAAUAUUGGUUGCAUGGUAGUGCAACAUAUCGUUACUUCACAGUGGAGAAAUUCUCAAAAGCCUUUCAUCAAUUUCAUGAAGGACAAGCUAUUGCUAAGUUUCUUGAAGUGCCAUUUGAGAAGAACCAGAGUUCAUUGGCUGCUCUCGCCACUUCAAAGUAUGGUGUCAGCAAAAGGGAGUUGGUCAAAGCAGUAUCUACUAGAGAAGUCAUGCUUAUGAGGAGGAACUCGUCACUCUACUUAAUCAAUAUUGCAAUUAUCACUAUGACAGCAUUCGUGGCAUCAACCAUUUUCUGGAACAGCCAUAUGCAUCGUGAGUCAGUUACUGAUGGGGGGAUAUAUCUUGGGUUGUUGUACUUUUCUGUGGGUGAAACCAUGUUCCGCAAUUUGUGUGACCUUAGGGGAACAGUCAUGAAAUUGCCAUUGUUCUUUAAGCAAAGGGAUGUUUUGUAUCCAGCAUGGGCAUACACUUUGCCUACAUGUAUUCUUAAGAUUCCUAUCACGCUUGUCGAAGUUACAAUCUGGGUUUCUAUGACGUACUAUGCAGUUGGAUUUGACCCAAAUAUCUGGAGGCUCUUUAAACAUUAUUUUGUGCUUCUAGCAGUCAGUCAGAUGUCAUCUUCUCUGUUUCGAUUGAUUGCUGGAGUCACAAGAAACAUAUAUGCAGCAAACAACUUCGGAACAUUCACAAUAAUUUUACUUCUUCUACUAAGUGGAUUCAUACUUUCCAGCGAGAAUUUGAACAAUUUUUGGUUGGUUGGUUACUGGAUCUCACCAUUGAUGUAUGCACAGAAUGCCAUUUCAGGAAACGAAUUUACUUCUAACCGUUGGAGUAAAAUACUUACCGGAACAAGGGAAUCAUUAGGAACAAGCAUAUUGAAAUCUCGUGGGUUACUUGUACAAGCAAAGUGGUACUGGAUUGGCUUGGGCGUACUGAUUGGAUACAUAUUUGUCUUCAAUGGUCUUUACACUGCAGCUUUAACAUACUUCAAAUCUUCUGGUAUAGCCUUUUCAUCAUUGCAAACCAAUGCACUAGAGAAAAAUCAUGCAAAGUUGAGUGCCGAUGCUCCCUCAAAAUUAUAUCAUCAGAAAAGAGUGAUGAAUGGGUCACAGAGUUCUGUGAAUAACAGAAGGGCUGCACUUCCAUUUGUGCCACUUUCACUUACCUUUGACAACGUGAGAUAUUCAGUGGACAUGAAAUCGGUAAACAAAGCACAUGGUGAGACAAAAGAUCGUUUGGAGAUACUGAAGGGUGUGAGUGGUUGCUUUAGACCAGGUGUGCUGACUGCAUUGAUGGGAAUCAGUGGUGCCGGGAAGACAACACUGAUGGAUGUGUUAGCAGGAAGGAAAACAUGUGGCUACACUGAAGGGACAAUAACUAUCUCAGGUUACUCAAAGAAGCAAGAAACCUUUUGCCGUGUAUUUGGAUACUGUGAGCAGUCAGAUAUCCACUCUCCACACUUGAGCGUGCUCGAGUCACUUUUAUUCUCUGCGUGGCUUCGAUUACCCUCAGAAGUUGACUCAUUAACAAGAAAGAUUUUUGUGUACGAUAUAAUGGAGCUCUUGGAGCUUACAUCAUUGCAAGAUGCAUAUGUUGGACAUCCUGGAGAGACAGGCCUCUCAAGUGAGCAACGGAAGAGGCUAACUAUUGCAGUGGAACUUGUAUCUAAUCCUUCAAUCAUAUUUAUGGACGAACCAACCUCAAGGCUUGAUGCUCGAGCUGCAGCGAUUGUAAUGAGGACUAUCAGGAACCUUGCGGACACCGGUAAAACUGUUGUCUGCACCAUUCACCAACCAAGUACUGAAAUAUUGGAAACUUUUGAUGAGCUUCUUCUAUUGAAGCAAGGAGGGGAGGAGAUAUAUGUUGGUCCAUUAGGUGACCAUUCUUCGCAGCUAAUUAGUUACUUUGAGGAAAUUGAAGGUGUCAAUAAGAUAAAAAAUGGGUAUAAUCCUGCAACAUGGAUGUUGGAGGUGACCUCAACUGUACAAGAGCAGAUGCUUGGGAUUGAUCUCUCUGGAAUAUAUAGACAUUCGGAGCUAUACAUGAGGACCAAGGCCUUGAUAAGUGAAUUAAGCAUGCCUCCUUCUAGCUCUACCGAUCUCCAUUUUCUUAAUGAGUAUUCACAGUCUUUUUGGAAGCAGUGCUUUAUAUGCUUGUGGAAGCAGAAUUUGUCUUAUUGGAGGAGUAUUCAUUACAUAGGAUGUAGAUUCUUUGUCACCAUAAUCAUUGCACUGAUUUUUGGCACGGUAUUCUGGAACCUUGGCAACAAGAGAAUGAAACAGCAAGACUUGUUCAAUUCCAUGGGGUCUAUGUACUUUGCCAUUCUAAUGCUCGGUAUUAAGAACGCACAAGGUGUUCAGUCAGUGAUUGCCACGGAAAGGAUAAUGUUCUACAAACAAAGAGCAGCUGGAAUGUACUCGGCGCUACCUUAUACUUUUGCACAAGUUGCCAUUGAACUCCCCUACACAUUCGUGCAGACUUUGAUAUAUGGAGUUCCAGUUUACGCAAUGAUGGGAUUCGAGUGGACAUCAGCCAAAUUCUUUUGGUAUUUGUUCUUCAUGUACUUCACAUUCCUUUACUUCACAUUCUUUGGGAUGAUGGCUGUGGGACUUGCACCGAAUGGUGGUGUGGCAGCGAUAGGCUGCUCUGCAUUCUAUGCCAUAUGGAAUCUUUUCUCUGGAUUUCUAAUCCCCGUAUCUAAAAUCCCUAUCUGGUGGAGUUGGUACUACUGGAUUUGCCCAGUUGCAUGGACAUUGUACGGUCUAGGUGUGUCACAGUUUGGAGACAUCGAGGAGAGACUUGAAAGUGGUGAGACUGUAUCGGACUUUCUUAGAAACUACUACGGUUUUAGGCAUGAAUUCUUGGGAGUGGUAGCUACAGUGUCUGUGGCAUUUCCCGUGGCUUUCGCUCUCAUAUUUGGAUUUGCUGCCAAGUAUAUUAACUUUCAGAAGAGAUGAGAAACCCAAUCUGAAACUGACGCAUUAACAAGCAAUGAUCCAUAUAAAUCAACUGCUCUUGCUAUU